AUGAAAAUGGAAUCAUCAACGUCCUCCAAUAAGUCAAUAAAGGAAGGAAAAGCGGAAAUCUGCCUAACGACAGAGAAAGUGUUCUAUAACCCUGUACAGGAGUUCAACAGAGACUUGAGUAUAGCAGUACUUUCUAUAUUUUCCGAGGUUUAUAGAAAUGAGAAAUUGGAGAAAGAGAAGAAGAAAAAAGACGGAGAUGGAGACAGUUCUGAGAUUGCAUUUUCAAUACUCGAAGCCCUAUCAGCAACGGGUCUCCGCAGCAUACGUUAUGCAAAAGAAAUACCAAAUGUAACCAAGAUUAUUGCCAAUGACCUGUCUGAGCAGGCAGUAGAAACCAUAAAGGCUAACAUUGUGCAUAACCAGGUUGAAAACUUGAUUGAUAUUAAUCAUGAUGAUGCUUGCAUGCUCAUGUACAAACACAAAUUCCCAUCAAAACGGUUCUCAGCCAUAGACCUUGAUCCAUAUGGGGGUCCGUCUAUAUUCCUGGACUCUGCAGUGCAGAGCGUACAGGAUGGGGGACUGUUGCUGGUCACAGCUACAGACAUGGCCAUUCUUGCAGGAAACCCACCUGAGACAUGUUAUUAUAAAUAUGGUGCUGUAAGCUUAAAAACCAAGAGUUGCCAUGAAAUGGCACUAAGAAUACUUCUGCAAUGCAUAGAAUCGCAUGCAAAUCGAUACAGUCGGUAUAUCGUGCCGCUUUUGAGCAUAUCAGCGGAUUUCUACGUUCGUGUCUUCGUCAAAGUUUAUUCAGGGGCCAUACAUUGUAAAAAAACAACUAGCAAACUAUCAAUGGCAUAUCAAUGUGUGGGGUGUGACAACAUAACGCUACAACCACUGGGUGGAUUCAAACCUAACCCUUCGGAGAGGAACCCGUAUCAAACUAAAGCUUUUUUGCCUACUGUACCACCUGUUGGGGAGUACUGUGUACAUUGCAAUCAGAGGCAUCACCUAGGUGGUCCAAUUUGGUCUGCACCAAUCCACGACGAAACCUUCGUUUCCCGCGUCCUAACACACGUCCAAGAAAAUCCACACCUGUUUGGCACCGCCAAGCGAAUACAGGGUGUCCUCUCCAUGGUUAGAGAAGAACUACAGAAUGUUCCACUAUAUCAUACGCUGGAUAAACUAUUCGGGAGAGUUCAUCUUGAAACAAUGCCCAUGUUGGUUAUGAGAUCAGCAAUCAUGAACGCUGGGCACAAAGUAUCUUACUCACACGCGUCGAAGCUAUCAAUCAAGACUACGGCGCCCGCGCAGCUCAUUUGGGACAUCAUCAGGACUUGGGCGAAGACUCAUCCCGCUAAGCCUUCUAAGCUUGAGGCAGACCCAGUAUCCCGCCAUAUCCUAACGCAAGAAAUCAAAUCGGAAGUCGACCUAAGCGUGCGGGCGGACGCUAACCCAAUCAGUCGCCGCGAUGGCCAGCUGAGAUUCCAAUUCAACCCUACACCUAACUGGGGACCUGGCUCCAGAGCUGCCGUCAAUGUGGGCGAUGACAAGAUGUCAAAAGCCAAGCGCAACCAGAAUAAACACAUCAAACAGAGGGAGAAGAGGCAGCAUUCACAGCCAAGUGACGACGACGCCAGGAAGAAAAAGAAUACUGACGUCAAUUGACUUAUAUAUCAUAUACAUGGAU